AUGGCGCAGACUUUGAAUGACCGGCUGAAGGGAAGCACUGCCACGUCGGAUGGACGCGUCAUCCUCCACGUGGAUCUGGACUGCUUCUAUGCCGCGGUGGAGGCAGUGCGGCUCGGUAUUCCCAGGGACACGCCGCUUGCCGUGCAGCAGUGGGAGGGCUUGAUCGCGGUGAACUAUGCGGCGAGGGCGAGGGGAGUGCAGAGGCACGACCGCGUGUUCCAGGCCAAGCAGAAGUGUCCAGAGCUGCAGCUGAUACACGUGGAGACGGUGGGGGGAGCGCCAGGGGCAGGGCGCAAUGCAGGCAAGGUGUCGCUGGAGCGCUACCGGGCCGCCUCUCAGCACGUGUUUGCUGCUUUCCGCCGCGUGUGCCCCACUGUGGAGCGCGCGAGCAUUGAUGAAGCAUAUAUGGAUGUUUCUACCAAGGUGGACGCCAUGCUCUCACGCCCACCCCCUGCAGUCCCGCCUGCACCAGAUGAGGCCUCAGUGGGCACAGGUGGGACUGCAGAGGUCCCUGCUGCUGCCUGGGAGGAGCAGUGGAGGGAGCUGUUGGGGAGUGUGACUGAAGUGACGGCAGGGAGUGCGAUAGAAGUGAAGGCAGGGAGUGUGACUGAAGUGAAGGGCGAUGCGACUGAGGAAGGUGGUGAUUGUGGUGAUGGGAGUGAUGGGGUUGGAACGGAUAGGGAAGGUUCAGGGGAGGAAGGGGAGCGGAAGGCUGGGGUGCAGCAGCCGCAGCUGGAGCAGCAGCAGCAGCGGGUGGGGGAGACGAAGAGAGAGCAUGGAGGGGCAGAAGAAGGCGGAGGAGGAUCAGCAGUGGCACUGGCGGUUCCCAAGGCACGGCUGGUGGUGCGGGAGGGACCUCUGGAUGCACGUGAUGACGUGGAGAGGAGGCUGCAGGCAGGAGUGGUGAUAGCCCACCGUCUUCAACAGGAAGUGCUGUCGUCGCUGGGCUACACAGUGAGUGUGGGAGUGGCUCGCUGCAAGCUGCUCGCCAAGAUGGCCUCCGCCAUGACCAAGCCGUUUGGGAUCACGGUGGUGCCGCCUCGUGCCGUCCCUGCCCUGAUGGAGGACGUUCCUCUCAAGAAGAUCCGCAAUCUUGGCGGCAAACUGGGGCAGGAGCUACAGGCAAUGGGGUGUGCAACCGCAGGCCAGGCACAUGCACUGGAGCUCCCAGACCUCAUCGCCAGGUUCGGGGAGAGGCUCGGGAACUACGUGUGGAGGGCUGUGAGAGGGCUGGAUGAAACACCAGUGGAGGAAAAGGGUGUGCCCAAGUCCAUGCUUGCAGCCAAGUCCUUCAAUGCCACGUCAUCGUGGGAUGACAUCUGGAGCUCUCCUUCCUAUGAUCUACCUCACCCACUUCACCUCCCCCGUCUCCGUUCUGGUUCCUCCCCCUUCUCCUCCACUGCUUUCGGUCCCUGUGACAGUCGCUGGAUGACCAUUCUCGCUCAGGAGCUCUCUCUUCGCAUGCUCAAGGACGCAAAGGACAACAAACGCCGCCCGCGCUCCCUGCAUCUGCACUACAGGGGCGGCAGUGACGGUGGCGGCGGCAGUGGUGGGUGGGGAGGAGGCGGAGGAGGGGAGAAGUCGAGGUCUUGUGGCAUGCCUCGAGACAUUGAGAGGGUGAUAGAAGGGUUCGUGGACCGAUGGUGUCGGGAAGGGGGAAAGGAGCAGGCGGAGGAGAGGCAGGAUGUCGUCAGGGAGGAGGGGCGGGUGGAGGGGAGGAUGGCGGGGAGGGAGGAGGAAUUGGAGCAGGGGAGGGAGGAUGGGAGGGAGGAGGGGAAGGAGGAAAGUAGGGAGGAGGUUGAGGAGAAGAUAGGUGAGCUGGGCGAGGAGGUGAGGCAUGAGAAGGAGGCAGAGGACGGGGAUGCACCCUCGGAGAACGCAGGUGUGGACGAGGGGGCGGGGCAGGAGGUGCCGCCACAUGCAGGUGUGGAAGGCGGGUCAAAGGAUGUGGGUGUGGGUGUGGGUAUCGGAGAGGGCGGGUGUGAAGGGGAGGAGGGGUGGAUGGAGGAGGAGAGGCAGAAGCUGCAGGCCUUGCUGUGUGCUGCUGGCCUCACUCUGCUGGCAGGGGGUUCCAGUCAACCCAGUCAACCAAGUCAACAGGGUCAGCAGCAGGGCCAACAUCUGCAUGCCCAGCCCAGUGAGCAGCAGCAAGGCACGGAGGCCAUCAGCCCCUCCACCAACCCGUCAACGCGCCAGCCCAGCAGUCAGCCUCUCGCCUGCCACCCUCCCCGGCCGCUAUCGUGGGCGUGGGCGCCCUGCUCUCGCGUGGCCCUCCACGCCACCGUGCCGUGCAAUACAAGCCGUACAACCCAUGCAAGCACAGCGACCACAGCGAUCACAGCGAGUGAUGCAUCAGGCCAAGAGGUACCCAUUCCACGCGAAUCAGCACAUGGUACCCACCUCACAGCAGCAGCACGCCACGAAUCGUCGUCCCCUUUGCUGCGAGCCUUUUCUCGAGGCUCUGGUCUGCGAAGGGAGGCCCAAGGCAAGGAGGAGGGUGUGAGGGACAGGGAAGGAGAGGAAGGGAGGCAAGGAGACGCGGAGAGGCAAGGAGAGGAGGACAGGCAAAGAGAGGUGGAACGACAUGACUUGUCGUCCCCUUUGCUGCGAGCUUUUUCUCGAGGUUCUGGUCUGCGACGGGAGGCCCAAGAGAAGGAGGAAGAUGUGAGGGACAGGGAAGGAGGUGCGGAGAGGGAUUUGGUGGAGGGAGGGGCAUGUGAGGGUGGAGCAUUGGGGGAUGGGGGUGAGGGAGGGGUGACGAAUCGAGGGGGGGAUGAAGGGGAGGGAAACGAGGGAGAGGAGGGAUGUGAAGGAGUGGGUCGGCAUGAGAGUAGGAGCCUAAGGAAAGGAGAGCUAAGCGAGGUGGGUACUGGAGAGGAGGAGCGUGGGACAGAAGAGGGAGGGACAAGGGAACAGAGAGAUUUAGGAAGACGAAGAUUAGUGGGACGAGGAGGAAGAGGAGGCAGAAGAGAGAGGGGCGGCAAGGGAAGGCUGGGUUCACGUAGCAUGAAAGUUGCUGUGGAAGGGGCGCUUGUGCGGAUGCUGGGCCAGAGACGAGUGAGGAAUGAGCACACACGCGUGGAAGAUGCGGAUUUGGGUGAGAACCAAAUGCAGAAGACAAAGAGGAGUGAGGUGCGGAGCGGUACCGAAGAGGCGGAGGAAGGGGCAGAGGUGGGGAGUGAGAGCGUGGAGCGUGGAGAUGCGUCAGAGCGAAAGAGGAGGAAAGUUGGUGUCUCAGGUGGACAGGAAUCAGAGUCUUUCUCGACGUGGAGAGUCACUGGUGGUGGUGGUACCACGGGCGAGGGUGGUGGGGUCAGUUUGAAAAGGAAGCAUGUGGCGGGAGAGAGAGACGGGAGUGGUGCGAGGGAGGAUGACUUAGAAGCAGAGAGGUUUGGGAGGAACGGUGCUGUACAGGUAGAUGUGGAUGCGAUGAGGGAGGGAGAGGUGGGCGAAGAGAGGGACACGGGCAGAGGAGAUGGUAAUGGGGCCAGAGAGGGGAAGGGUGGCACGGAAGAAAGAGAGGGAGGUGAGGGUACGGUGGAAUGGCAUGAUAGUGCGGUUGGAGAAGGUGCAGUGCGGCACUGUGGGAGAGAUGACAGGCGCAGGGAUGAUGGGGCGGUUGGAGUGGGAGAAUUGGAUGAGUGGGAUGGUGGGUUGAAGCAUGACGCUGUUGUUCAGGUGCAAGGCGUCAGUAGGGGUGGGGAUGAUGGGAACAAUGGUGAUGGUGCUGAUGAGAGACAAAGGGAGGAUUCGAGACGAGGAGAUGCACAACAGCACACAGACGAAGCAAAGGCCAGCGCGUUAAGAGCCAUCAAGCGAGGGAGAGACGCAUCCUUGGCGUUGCUAAGGCAGGAGUUUCGAAUGCCGCUUACAGGAGAGCCAGGCUCCGUGCAAGCCCAAGAGGACUGGGGUCAACGUCUGGAUCAAGCCCUUUCGCUGCUUGCCGUGUUGAAUCGAAGGCUGGCAGUGCUGCAGACACACUCUGCCACCGAUCACAGCGACAAUCUGAGCCAUGGUGUCAGAGUGGAGGUGCAGAGCAAGUUCCAAGUCAUGGAUCAGAUACAUUUCGGCGCUCUGUACCACUACCGAGUAAACUUUCCUUUUCCCUCCCCUGCUCCUCUCCCAUCCUCCCAUGUCUCUCAAUUCACCUUCACACACCCCUAA